CCUAAAUUCACAAAUGGAAGAGAACUCUUAUAACCACUCCCAAGCCCACUACGGCCAAGGUGACUACGACCAAGCUGAAGCCCAGCCGAACAAACAGUAUAGUGAAGAUGAGGAUAGUGCAGAAAUCGACUUUGGACUCCCUGAAGGGGCAAAGGAGCAGGAUGGAGGAAUGAAGCAGGAGUAUAGAGGGGAAGAUGCAGGUGAAGUUAUGGUAAUGAGUAUUGAGGGAGCUAACGACAAAAUGAUUUUUGAGAUUGAAAAUUUGAUUCAGACUAUGGAAACUAAAAUUGAGGAGUUCAGAGAAUUUAAAGAAAGAGAAAAAAUUCAAAAGAGAAAUGAUGAUCCUCUCUAUGAUAGAGAUAGUGACCUCCAAAUAGCCCAAUACAAAGCUACUAGAAUAAAGAAUGAAAUAAAAAGCAUGAAAAAAGCUCUCUUCACUGCCUACGACAUUGACGGAAUCAUUAAAGCCGAAAAUGAACUCAAAAAACUCCAAAAAGAAGCAGAUGGGUUAGAAUCAGAAGCCUAUUCCCUCAGAAAAGUGAAGAACGCUAACAAACAGGCCUUAAAAGAGCUUGACGCAGAUGCCCAAAUCACAAUGCGGUACAAAUAAAUCCCAAAAUGCUCUAUCAGAGGCCAAAACUGCCCUAAAACAGCAACAAGAGCUUCUUAAGAUCAGUGAAAGAGAGACAACAGCAGAGCACAACCAGGUUCUUCAGAUGGAAGAGAGGUGACGCCAGCUCUCAAGUCUUUUAAUUGAGCAUAAGAGAGGGGGAGAUGCAGCCCUGCCUGCACCUGAGAUCGACGAAAACGAAAUCCAGCAGCUAGAGAAAGAAAUAGAGCAAUUGGAGACCCAGAAACGUGAAGGGGAGGAAAAGUUUAAGAAAGUUAUGACCAAGAUGAAAGCGGAUGUUAAGAAAGCUGCUACAGAGAACGAUAUGAUGAGAAUUAAGGUCAAGGAAAAGGAUCAAGAAGCUAGAUUAAAUGAGCUCAAGUACAGGCAACUUAGUAGGAAAGUACCUUAUAAGACUUUGAAGCCAUUAUUUACUGUCAGGGAUAAAAAUAUGAAAAAUAGUAAAUCAACGCAUUAUGCCAGCCAGCCUUUAACCAGUCGUGGGCCAUUUGCUAAGAAUGAUAAGACUAAAAUACCUUCACAGACUCAGUUUAAGAUAAAGAAAAGAAAGCUCCCUUCAGUUAGCAAAGGAAAGCGUAGAUCUACUCAAAGUUCUGAAAUAGUUGAAGAAGAACCAGAAGAUGAUAGACAGAAGUUACUAGAUCUACCAGAUAAUUCAAAAUCUCAAAACAAUACUAAGACCAAUGCUGAUGAACACGCUAAACCUUUCAGUGUAAACAGAGGAAGGCAAGAAAUCCAGAAUAUCAGAGAUGAAAUCGAUAAACAUAACGACUCUAAAGAAAAUUUAAAGGUAUAA